CGUGACUUCAAAAACAAUAAAUGUAUUAAAUUAUUGUCAAGUUGUCGCAAAAAAGAAAUAAUUAUUAAUUUGGGUCGUGUAAUAAAAUGACAACAAACGGAAACUAAAAUACUAUCUAAAAAAUAAAUCUCUUUCACUUCUCUUUCUUCAGUUUCUUGCUACCGAUCUCUUCAGUUUCUUAUCGCUGUUCUUUUUCUUGAAUUUAAUUCCAAGGAAAACAAACAUGAAUUCAAAUCACUUACUUCUUGAAGAACCCAUCAGAAUGGCUUCCAUUCUUGAGCCAUCUAAGCCUAGUUUCUUUCCUGCAAUGACAAAAAUUGUGGGGACACUCGGUCUAAAAUCGCGAACUGUUGAAAUCAUUUCUGGUUGUCUCAAGGCUGGAAUGUCUGUGGCAAGGUUCGAUUUUUCAUUGGGUGAUACUGAAUUUCACCAAGAGACAUUGGAAAAUUUGAAGAUAGCUAUUAAGAGUACUAAGAAGCUCUGUGCUAUUAUGCUUGAUACUGGUGGUCCAGAAUUGCAAGUAGUUAAUAAAACGGAGCACCCCAUUUCCCUUGAGGCAGAUACAAACGUCAUCCUCACCCCAGAUCAAGAUAAACAGGCUACUUCAAAUCUGCUACCAAUAAAUUUUCAUGGUUUGUCUAAGACAGUCAAGAAGGGAGAUACUAUCUUUAUUGGCCAAUACCUGUUUACAGGAAAUGAAACAACUUCGGUGUGGUUAGAGGUUGCUGAGUUGAAUGGUGAAGAUGUGGUUUGCCUAAUCAAGAAUUCUGCUACCUUGUCUGGGUCAUUGUAUACCUUGCAUGUCUCUCAAAUUCGUAUUAACAUGCCUACUUUAACUGAUAAGGAUAAGGAGGUUAUAAGCACUUGGGGUGUUCGAAACAAUAUAGACUUCCUUUCUUUGUCUUAUACACGACAUGCAGAAGAUAUUCGUCAUGCUCGUGCUUUUCUUUCUAAACUGGGUGAGCUCAACCAGACUCAAAUUUUUGCAAAGAUUGAAAAUAUAGAGGGAUUAACUCAUUUUGAUGAGAUCUUACAAGAAGCAGAUGGAAUCAUUCUUUCUCGGGGAAAUUUGGGGAUAGAUCUCCCACCUGAGAAGGUGUUUCUAUUUCAAAAAGCUGCUGUUUACAAGUGUAACAUGGUUGGAAAGCCUGCUGUGGUCACUCGUGUUGUGGACAGUAUGACAGACAACCUAAGACCUACUCGUGCUGAAGCAACUGAUGUUGCAAAUGCUGUGUUGGAUGGGAGUGAUGCAAUUAUUCUAGGUGCAGAGACCUUACGAGGACUAUAUCCUGUUGAGACUGUUUCUACAGUUGGAAAAAUUUGUGCAGAGGCAGAAAAAGUAUUCAAUCAAGAUCUGUACUUCAAGAAAACUGUCAAAUAUGUUGGGGAACCAAUGACUCAUCUGGAAUCCAUUGCUUCCUCAGCGGUACGUGCUGCUAUCAAGGUGAAAGCCUCUGCAAUUAUUUGCUUCACUUCAUCUGGAAGAGCGGCAAGGCUGAUUGCAAAGUACAGGCCAACCAUGCCUGUCAUAUCUGUUGUCAUCCCUCGGCUAAAGACAAAUCAGCUACGCUGGACUUUCUCCGGUGCUUUUGAGGCAAGGCAAUCCCUCAUUGUCAGAGGCCUUUUCCCCAUGCUGGCAGACCCUCGACAUCCGGCGGAGUCAAAAAAUAUGACAAAUGAAUCGGUUUUAAAGGUCGCUUUAGACCAUGGAAAGGCCUCAGGUGUUAUAAAGCCACAUGACCGUGUUGUUGUUUGCCAGAAGCUUGGUGAUGCAUCAGUGGUGAAGAUCCUUGAACUUGAAGAUUAGAAUUAAUUUUGCACCUAAUGUUCAUGAUAAGUUUUGCAGUUUACCAAGUCCAUGGUAAAAAGCAUAAAUAGACAUGCAUGCAUAACAUAAACCCUUGGCGUGGCACACCGACAUACCUUCUAUGUGUCAUAUAUGAGGUAGCUAUGAUGAAUAAACUUUUUCUAAUGAAUAUUUUGUAAAUGUAUCAAUGCUUUUUGAGCAUACUCGCGAGGUUUGCCCUUCUCAAUUGUGUGCAAUUCUCGCCCUUGAAUUUUUUUUUUUUAGUGGGAAGGGAUUCUUGGGCCUUUUUUAGUACAUUUCUUUUGCUACAUUCUCUUAGCAGUUUCGAAUCAAGGCAACAAAGAAAUGACUAAAUUCUUGUUGUCAUUUGAACCAAUCAUCCGAUGGUACUGUCGAGAACUUUGAGUAUGAAUGCUACGAGGUUCUUAAGUUCUUAGAAAAGUGGCAUGUUCUAAUUACUUUGGCCGCCCAUUUGCGGUCAUGAAAGAAGCUUGAUAUUAGUUGCUUCUUUCUUCUUGAAUCCACUUUUAAUUUCAGUUGUUUCCACAACCCAUGCAUAAUUGGCUUGAAAGUUAAAUUUAGCUUCAAUUGUUACCUAUAGUGGUGAGAUUAUUGUUAUUGAUGCAAGCAGCA